AUGGAAGCCAUAAGACUUUUUGGACGACCAAACCUUAGAUCUAAUAAGCUCUCUAUUCGUUCUCAGACCAAUGCAUUUCCAGCAUGCAAACUCUCUCGCUUCCCGUUCCCGCUGACAACGUUAUUUCCCGGUAAGCAUGCACACGGACAUGGUCUUGUUCCUUUGAAGGCCACUACUACUCUACCUCUAGCUUGUGAAGACAAUGAAGAAAAUAAUCGCAACUUCGAAAAGUUGGCCCCUUCUGAAUGGGGUAAUCAAUUCCUCUCAGCUCAUGUUGAUCUCUCGGAAAUGGAUGCGCUUAGGAUAGAAAUAGAGACACUAAAGCCAAAAGUAAGGGACAUGUUCAUGUUAUCUUCCGAGGGGAUGAAGUCGACCAAGAAGAAGAAUAUUAUGUUUAUCUAUUUGCUUGUGAGCCUUGGUCUCGCGUAUCAUUUCGAGGAUGAGAUCGAGGAAACUCUCAGAGAUGGUUUCCGAAAGAUGGAGGAAGAGGACAUGAUGAGUGGUGAAGAUGAUGAUUUGUAUACAGUUUCCAUACUCUUCAGGGUUUUCAGGACAUAUGGUCACAACAUUUCUUCUGAUGUAUUUAGAAGAUUCCAAGGGGACAAUGGAAAAUUUAAGGAAUGUCUUGCCAAAGAUCCUAAGGGUAUCCUGAGUUUGUACGAGGCUGCUAACAUGGCGACGACGAAUGAUUAUAUAUUGGAUGAAGCAUUGAGCUUUGCAUUGAGUUACUUUGAGUCGUUACAUGCAAGUGAGACAAGCAAACCUGAUCUCUCAAGGCGUAUACGAUAUGCUUUGAGUCUACCGCAGCAUAAGAACAUGGAGAUAUUAGUCGCAAAGGAAUAUAUCUUGUUCUAUGAACAAGAAGAAGAUUGUAACAAGAUGCUACUCAACUUUGCCAAGCUUAACUUCAAAUUUCUACAGCUACAUUACCUUCAAGAACUCAAAAUCCUUUCCAAAUGGUACAAGGGACAAGACUUUGAAUCUAAGUUGCCACCUUACUUCAGAGAGAGGAUCGUGGAACUGCACCUCGCUACACUAGCAUACAUCGAGCCAAAAUACUCACGUGUGAGGAUUAUUCUGUCUAAAAUUUAUACGAUUCAAAUAAUUAUGGACGACACAUGUGAUAGAUACGCUUCUCUUCGUGAGGUCGAAAGCCUCGCUGCAAUCAUCGAAAGGUGGAAUCCUGAUGAUCAUGCCAUGGAUGGACUACCAGAUUUUUUGAAAUCUGUAGCUAAAUUUAUAUUUGCUACCUUCCAAGAGUUUGAAAGAGAAGUAGGGUCAGAAUUAGGAGGAUCUUAUAGCUUGAAAGCUACAAUAGAAGACUGCAAGAGAAUGAUGAGAAGCAACCUUGAACUCGCAAAAUGGGCAAGAACGGGUCACUUGCCUAGCUUAGAUGAGUACCUAGAUGUCGCUGGAGUCGAGAUUGCUAUUUAUUUUACCUUGGCAGGUAUUUUGUUGGCUAUGGACAAUAUCAACAAGGAAGAAGCUUAUGAGUGGUUAAUAUCUAGAGACAAACUCGUUAGAGCAAUGUCUACAAAAGCACGUGUGGUAAAUGAUAUGUUUGGCUAUAAGGAUGACAUGAGAAGAGGAUAUCUCACAAACUCGAUCAAUUGUUACAAGAAGCAAUAUGGAGUUACCGAAGAAGAAGCUUUUAGAAAGCUUCAUCAAAUGGUUGCAGACAAUGAUAAGAUGAUGAAUGAGGAGUUUUUGAAGCCAAUCAAUGUGCCAUACAAGGUUCUAAAGGUAGUCAUCGACACUUUACGUGCCGUGAAUGUUUGCUACGACAAAGAAGAUGGGUUUACUCGUCUUAAUGGAAAUCUCAAGAAAUAUAUCACGUCUAUAUAUGUUGCAUGA